AUGGCGGCCACGUCCCGACCGAGGUCGGCCGCAAAGAAGACGGUCCUCGCGUCCACGGGCUGCCGUCUUCUUGCGUCCAUUGAGCCAGUGGACCGGAAUGCGGCAGAAGGCCGACGAUCAGUGGAUGUAGCCCCAUCGUUCGAAGAAGCGCGUCGACUCGUUGACGAAGAGAGGCGGAGGACGACCACGGACACGCUGCAAAAGUUUGUCCUCGACGCAAAGUUUCUCUUCCGCAAUGGUGGGUUUGGGCUUUCUCAAAACGAGAGCUGCAUCCAACGAAUCACGGCCCUUGGGCGCGCCAAGGUCACCAACGUCGACCUGUCCCACAUGCACUUGAGCGACCUCCUCGUCGAGUCGCUUGCGAAUUACUUGAGCACCUCGUCGUGCAUCGUUGUUUCGCUGAACGUGGCCGGCACCAAGAUCGUCCCGACUGCAGUGUUGCGUCUAGCGGCAGCGUGCGGCCCGAAAGUCGAGUUCUUCACAGCAUCACGCACGCAGUUGGUGACUGCAGUGGUGCGGUCAAAGCGCGUGGUGCUACCUCGCGUCGGUGGCGAUCACCUUGACGUCGCUGCGAUUGCCGCCUUUGUUGGGGCAAAGAAGAAGCCGUUGGUCGAGGUUCUCGACCUCUCGAGCAAUGAUCUCACAGGCCCCGAGGGUCGACGAAACCUCUUUGGCGGCGUGGAGCUCCUCGCGAACGUGUUGGCCAAGUGCUCCAAGCUCACGCGAGUCAUCCUGAACAAUGUCCACCUGAGGUCGGACGGGCUCGUGCUCUUGGCGCUCGGGCUGCAGCACACGACGUCCAUCCACUACUUGGAGAUGGGUCGAAACGCGAUCCAGACCAACGUGUCGAAUCAAGUGUGCUACAACGGCAUCGACUCGCUCUGCGAAGCCCUUCGCGCGAAUCAUUCGAUCCGCGAGCUGAGUUUGCCACAGAACGACCUGGAUUACACGUGCGUGACCAAGUUGACGGCGAUUCUCGCCGUCAACGACACGGUCGAAACCCUCGAUUUGUCGCAAAACCCCCUUGGGUCGGCGGCGCUGUGCCCCAUCGCCACAGUGCUCCAUGCGAAUAUUCCCCUCAAGUCCCUCAAUCUAUCUGCCACCCAAGCCUCAUGCAAGGGGUGCGUCUCGCUGGCCGACAGCCUCCUGCACAACACGACGCUCACCUCGAUCGACUUGAGCCAAAACCCCGGCAUCCUCGCUGUCGGGCUCACGACGUUGGCGGGAGCCAUGGAACGCAAUGCAACAUUGACACGGAUCAAGGUUUCGCCGACGGAGGAACCUGCCCUAACGGAGCCGCUCGGCAUGCUUCAGCAGCUCACUGCCGCCAACGUCGCGCUCGGGACGAUGCGCAAGGCGCUGACGUCGUUCGAUUUUGCCUCGCUGUCGCCAUUUGCCCAAGUGAAUUUUGUCAACAAACUGGAUGCGUGGACGGAGGACGAGCUCCGGGCACUCGUGGCCAACCCAUCGUUCGUUCAGGCCAAACUUUCGACGAGCCAGGUCUCGGCGCUCGAGUACUACGCGAGCCUCAACAUGUACACGCCCCUCAAACGUCUCUUGUGGGCGUACGGCGCGCUCGGUCGCGAGACUGCGAGUCGCUACGCUGCGACUGUCCGUGACGACGACGACGACGCUCUGUGGAACGACCAGGCGCUCGUGGAUUUGGCUCCACUGUGCUCGUUGUGA